AUGAAGCAAAGCAAACUCAUCAAAUGUUGCCAAGGUAUUGUCGUGCCAGGCAAAACAUCAACCCUCUCACUCUUAACGAAUAAUACAAAUCCUAUCACAGAGUCCGUGAUAACUAAUAAUUUACAAAAGAGAUACAUCAAACAAAGAAAGUUUAAAAAUGUUAUGGAAAAUCCAUUUGAUAUGGUCGAAGAAUUUAAACAAAAACAAAAGAAUGUUCAAUCUUUGAUGGAUGCUCCAGAUUAUACUGGUGUUACAGUACACGACAGUCUUGCACAACACAAUCUCAAAAAGUAUGAGGAUGCUAAAGCUAAAGGAAUUAUUCCUGGUGAGGAAUUGUUACAAGAAGAACCACAACAUGCCGCUUGGGUUAACUUUAUGAAGGCUGCUAAACCAAAAGAAGGAGAUUUUGUUAUUGGUAAAAGUGUUCGUACAGGUGUCAUUGCUCAAAAAUUAGGUAUGAUCCCAUUCUGGGAUAGCUAUCAUGCUAGAGUUCCACUUACAGUCUUGCACAUUCCAAAAUGUCAAGUUGUUCAAGUUAAAACAAAGGAAAAGGAUGGCUAUACUGCUCUUCAAUUGGGUGCUGGAUCAAUGAGUGCCAAGAAACUUACAAAGCCACUUUUGGGUCAUUGUCAAAAGGCAGGUGUUGAACCAAAACAUGUUUACACUGAAGCUAAGGUUACUGAAGAUGCUAUUUUACCAGUCGGAUUUGAAAUCACUGCUCGUCACUUUAUUCCAGGUCAAUUCAUUGAUAUUUCUGGUCGUAGUAAGGGUAAGAGAUUUGCUGGUCCAAUGAAGAGGUGGGGAUUUGCUGGUCAACCGGCAACUCACGGUGUUUCAGUCGUCCACAGAUCUUUGGGUUCUACAGGUACAAUGAUUAAUAAGGUUUUCAAGGGCAAGAAAAUGGCUGGUAGAAUGGGUCACGAACAAAUCACACAAUUGAACUAUUAUGUUUAUAUGGUUGACGUUGAAAAUAACUGUAUCUAUGUUAAGGGUUCCGUCCCAGGACCAAACGGUGCUUAUUUAUAUUUGAAUGAUGCUAGUAGAAAGGAUUUACCUUGCAUUCCUCCAUUCCCAUCAUUUGUCGUUCCAGAAGGUGAAGAUAUUUCAACAAUGGCUAGAGAACAAUUAUAUUUGGAGGCUCCAGGUAUCAAGCCUUACAUUUGGGAAGCUAUGGGUAUUACUAAGGAAGAAGUUGCCAGAGCUGAACGAGAAGAAUUACCAAAGGUUCUUACUUCAUCUGAUGUUGCUUCCAUUCAAACUGCUGUUGCUUAUGAAAAGGAAAUGACAGAAAAGAGAGCUAAGAGAAAGGCCAAGAGAGAUUUGUACGAAGAUGAAGAUGAUGACGAAUAAUUCAUUAAAAACGAUAAAAAAAUAUUAAAUUUUGGAAUAUUAAAUGUUUAAUU